UAGGCCCCCCAGUGUUCCUUGCAUUCAGACAGAUGAGGUGCCCACGGUAUGCGUCUGUCUGCCUGGCUUGAGCCGUCGAUAUGGCAACUUGAUGCCGAUUGGGUGCAGCUGGAGGGAUUUCCAUUGGCUGGUUCAUAAAUCAGUCAACAUAGUCGCCAAGUAAGCAACACGCAAUUUGCUACAAGGAAGCGAAGUUAUCGGCAAAGUGAACGCACUUGACAGAAUUCCCCGACCAUAAAAUAUCUUAAUAUAACAAAUGUAGGAUAUUACUUGGUUAUAUCGCGCUUCAAAUACUUCAGCUAGUCAGCUACAAGGAAAAUGGGAGAUUUACAAGAUGGUUCACCGGUUCUUGCUUUCGAGAAAGACCCGCUGGAACUUACGGUUGAAGAUGUUUAUGACAUUUCAUACGUGAUUGGUAAAGAUUUACUAAAAAUUAACAGAGGCGGUCAAGAGGUGUCAGAUUUACAAUUCAAAAUUGUUCGUGUGUUGGAAAUGUUCGAAAUAAUGGUGAGCAAGUAUGACCUAUCGCUAGAGGAGCUCAGGAUGGAACGGGACAACUUGAAAGGGGAACUGGAUAGAGUCGUUGCAGGAGGUUCGAGUGAAAAUGAUAAUAUAAUUGGCCCUGACAAACUGGUGAUAGAUUUGAAGGACCCCAACCGACCACGCUUCACCAUGCAGGAGUUAAAAGAAGUCUUACAGGAGAGGAACCAGCUCAAAGGACAAUUACUGCUGGCCCAAGAAGAGCUGCAGCUUUACAAAAGUGGUGUUCUGCCUCAGCCAGAGCCAAACAUGGUUGAAGUAGAUCUAGAGACCCCUCCCUCCUCUGAACCCCCACUUUCUGUGACCACAGAGGAUAACAAAGAAAAACAAAAUGAGGAAAAGACCACUAUUCAGAAACUGUUCUCUUUUAAAAGAAAAUAGAAGACGGCCAAAAUCUUUCUAGGAUGCUCAGCAAAAACUGAGCUUAAGGCCUGUGUGUAUUUAGAAUCCUUCCUUGGCUUUUUGAAGGAAUAAACAAUCUUCUGUCUACAAAUCCAAUUUAUUAUUCACAUAAUACAUGGAUUUAUUAUUAUAUUAACUCAAACUAACAAAACUGUGAAGAUUACUUUUUUCAGUUCAUUUUAGAAGAUAUUGGUGAAAAUAUUAGAUAUUGAAUUUGCAGAUGAGUUAAUGUUCAUAAUAAAUUAUCAUAUGAUAACAUUUAUGUGACUAUACCAGUGUUAGUGGCAUUUCACCAAGUAUUCUAGUGAAACUAGAAAAUAAAACCUUAAAUCUCA